UUUAAAAACCAUCAAAUCAACAAAUACAGUUUGUGUAUUCACCAUGAGAAUAGAAUUACCGGAAAUGCGGCGUUGCUGUUUUUGCUUUCCGUUACGAAAAGGUGUUUUGGCGUACGGAUAUAUUUGCUUGAUUUUCACUCUAUUCUGCCUGUGUCUGGAGAUAUAUCUUGGGUACGAUGACCUCACGGGCAUGACAUUGGUGGCUUAUCAUGGCAACAGUUUCUUCACCAGGGCGUGGCUGGCAAUUUUAUUAUACGUUAUAGAUCUCGUUUUCACGAUUAUAAUGUUAGUUGGGGCACACCUGAAACGGCUUCGUCUUCUAACGAUAUAUUUCUACUACGGCGUGACUACUACACUGGCUACCUUCCUCACGAUGUUUAUAAUAAACUACGACUUACUUAACAGAGACCCGUAUCAUGUGAUUAUCGAAAUAACAUUUAUCGUAUUUGCAAUAAUUCUCCAUUUGUAUAUGCUGUGUUUAGUGUGGAACAUGAUCAAAAGGUUAAAGCAGAACAGUGGACUGACCUUCGUGAACCAAGUCGCUGAAGUGGUUAUAGACUCUCCCACUGAAAAUAUACAGAAUCCUCUUUAAAAUAUUCACAAACGAAAGUAUUUUCAGCACCACUUUGAAUUCUAUGUUAUUAUAAUUGAGCAACAUGAAUGUAUAUGUAGGAUUUUAGAAAAACGCUGUUCGAAACUAUUAGUUAUUGGACAAAUCAAACAUAUUUCAGAAGAUCUUAUUUCCUUAUUUAGAUAUUUCCUUAUAGCUGUUUCCUACAACUUAAUUAUGAUUUUUUGGUCCACGUUCGUUAAACAGUUAUAAAAUCAUUUUCUGUUUUAAAAAGCUACGCCAUUUAACAUAGAAUAAAAGUGUAAAUAUUUAACGACAGGAUCAAUUAGGAUUGUUACUAAAAUAGCGAAAUAUAAAACGAUAUUUUUUUCAAUUAUAUAACAAUAUUAUUAGGUUAUAAUAUGGUUAGUAAAAGAUUGUAAUUUCUUGAACUGAUUAUAUUUAAUUAAAAAACUAGUGGCGAUACAACUAUAAGGUCUGGGCCUCAGAUUUCUGUGUUUCAUAUUUGUUUCAUAAUUUUUUUGAAAAGGAAGUUUAUUGGUGUACAGGCAGGGUUCGACUUGUGUGCCACACUGAAACCAGUUCAUGAUGUAAAAAAUGCAGGCUUCUUCUUGGUACUGAUAAAGCAAAUAUAGUAACUGCACCCCAGUAAUUAACUAAUCGGUCAUAUUUUUUUAUAGAACAGGGAUAAAACAGGCAGGAGGCUCAUCUGAUGUUAAGUCAUACCACCGCCCAUGGACACUUACAAUGCCAGAGGCCUCCAACAUAUACCCCUUCAGUUAAUAUGCCUUUAAUGAUUUUUAGAGGUUCAGGUGUGCUAAAAUAAUGGAGCCCUUAUAUAUAAUUUAACAUAAUUAAAAAUUAUAGGAAAAUAUACUUACCAAAAGUUCAAGCAUAUUGAUAAAGAAAUUGAAAGGUCAUGUGUGGGUGUGGUAAGUUAAGGCGCCGUGUGAAUAACAAUUAUCCACAAUAAAUAAUUGUUUAGGAUAUAAACUUUUACUUUUAAAACAGGGUUAGUUAGAAUGAAAUUAAAUGGUUUUCUAUUUGUAAAGCAAAAAGUAAUUUGUCUAAACUUAGGGUUAUAUUUACAUUUCAAACACAUACAUACUAUCAUUGAAAGUCUAUUUUUAAAGAUUACAUUGCAUUGUAAAGUUUGUUUCCAAUUAUACGCUAUAUAAGUGAGGGCCAGCGGUGAAUCUCAUAAAAACAAAAUAUAUUUAGAAUACUUUGAAGAUGCACCACAAAUAAUCUAUGUUAUAGACUUAUUAGUAGUUGCGAAUUUGACCGGUAACAUGUGAGGUAUACGAUCAAAGCUGUUUUUUUUAAUGGAAUCUCGCUGUUGGACUCAAGGGCCUUUACAGCUCAGCUCGAGCUGUCUUGGCGAGCGUAGCUUGGUCUGAACUGUUGGUAUCUGUUGUCCGUUUUCUUUUUUCGUGUUGCGUCAGAGGGGUACAGGUAUGCGUUGCAAAGGGAGUGCAAUAGAUAUGUAACCCGCUACAGCAGAAUGCUAUCUUUAUUAUUUGUUUAUAAAAAUUAAUGUAUUUUAUUUAUAAUUAUUUCUUUAUACUAUUUUGCACUAGAAUCAAAUAAUAUUAUUAUAAUUAACUUACGAAAUCGCUUACUUACCGCUACCAUCCGUUCAUCUUCUAAUUAAAUAAAACGGUAAUAAAAGUAUUGUGUGAAACUUAAAUAAUAAUACAAAAGACAAUAUUAAUAAUAAAAUAUAAAGAUAUAAACAGAGAAAAACGAAUACGCAAAACAAAGCAAAACAUGAUUAUUAAAAAUGUGUAGUAAUUUAUUAGUUUUAGUUAAAAAUCGUAAUUUUAUAAAACUUUCCUUUAAUACUAAUAAGUAUUAAAACGUAUUUCGGACAUACGCUUUGCCUUAACAGAUGUGAUAACGAAAAAUACUUUAUUUAAAAAACAUUUUUUAGUGAGCAUUAUUGUGUCUAGUUCAUUGAAUAAAAAUGAAAAUUAUAAGUUCUAAGUGUUGUUUUUGUUUACCUAUUCGUACAGGAUUAUUGAUAAUAUGCUACUUAAAAAUCGCAAUAUGUUCUAUCAUCUCCCUAUUCAUGCUGAGUAACAGGCUACAGUCUUUGGGUAACCCAGAUGAUAAUAUAUUCAAAUAUAUUGUAUUAGGAAUUAUAGCGGUCCUGGAAUUCUGUUUCAGCAUUGUACUUAUUACUGGAAUCCACAAGAAACACUUCGCAAUUGUUCGUGUUACAUACGUCUACAAUGUCCUGAUGAUGGGUAUCCAGAUCCUCAUUGCUAUAAUCUACGUGCCUCUUCAGACUUAUGAGCUCUUUGUCACAGAAAGAGGAGAUGAUCCUAUACUUAUGUUAAUAGCUGCUAUACUGCUAGUAGUUGUAUUGCAACUCUACGUGGCAUCGCUGGUGCGUAGACAACUCGUCCACAUGCGGCAGCAGUGUGUGUCCGACCCAAACAGCUCCACUUAUUCACCACGAAAGCCUUAUGUCGUAUAUUAAUCUUUGUGAAUUUACUUAUUUUAUAUUGUGUUACUACGUAAAAUACCUUCAACUGAAGGUUUCAUAUUUUGCACUUAAAUUAUUUCAAAGUAGAUUUAGGCCGUGAUUAAAUCAUAUGCUUAGGACUCCUGCCAGUGUGAGGACUUGCGUCUGUAAGAAUAGAAAAUAUUUAUUUAAUAUUAGAUAAAACUGUGUAGUAGCAUCGUUUAGGGUUUUAAUAUUUAAAAUUAUUAUCAACAUGAGAAAAACCCUAUUAGGUCGCGUGACUGUGUUGAAAUUGUAGUAUUGGCGGAUCUCGCCUACCGCUGUGUAUGUUGUUUAGGGCCCUAUAUUGUAUAGAAGAUUCACAGUGUCGCGUAAUAUGAAGUAUUUUCUGUACGAACAUAUUAUUUUGAUUUAUGAAAAAUUAUUAACAUUGUUCAUGUAAUUAAUUAACUAUUUUAAAUUAAACAUGUAAUUCUUUAA